UUUUGAACGUAGAGCGUUCACCAUUGAUUAUAGUUCUGCCUGCACUACCUUUUCCGGUCCUCUUUCCAACCUCCUGUCCAACAUGACUAAGAAGAGAAGGAAUAACGGACGUGCCAAGAAAGGGCGUGGGCAUGUGCAGCCUAUCCGCUGCACCAACUGUGCCCGGUGUGUACCAAAAGACAAGGCCAUCAAGAAGUUUGUCAUCAGAAACAUUGUUGAAGCUGCAGCUGUCCGGGAUAUCUCUGAGGCGAGCGUGUUUGACUCCUACGUCUUGCCCAAGUUGUAUGUGAAGCUGCACUACUGCGUGAGCUGUGCCAUUCAUAGCAAGGUGGUGAGAAACCGCUCUUGUGAAGCCAGGAAGGACCGCACUCCACCCCCCAGGUUCAGGCCAAGUGGUGGUCCACCCAGAGCUCCUCCAAAACCCAUGUGAGGCAGAUGUCUCGAAGAGGUUGUGACCCUGUGUGGGGGGAGGGAGAAAAAAAUCAAAUAAAUAACAUCUUUACUAAA